AUGGUUCACAAUGUUGUGGAAUGCAGUCUAAAAAAAUUUAAACCCUAUCAGUAUCAGGAUAUACCAACAGCCAUGAUGAAAUCAGCCCCAGAUUACUGCUCUGUGUACGUAAUUUCCAAAUUGAAGAUUAUGUCUGCUCGAUCAGCGGUACGGUCAUUGUCAAAAACUCUUGCCUUACCGAAAUCAGGUUCUCUGCUGGCAAGUCCACCUACUGAACCAGAAGGUGGACCAGUAAGGGGACAGCCACCUAGAAGUCGGGGCAAUUACGAAGGAGCAGCAGAACCAAAGGUAAGAGAUAGGCCAAGGAGUGCGGGAAGUAGUAUGUCAAUAGAAAACAUUGAUAUAAACACUCGUCCACGACAUUGGUCAAUGGAUGAUAGAGAAAUUUCAGGGAUUGUGGAUGUGAGUAAACUUGAUCCUGGAGUAUCAGAUUCCUUCGGGAUGACAUCUCCUCAAUCCUCGAAAGAACUUGAAGCUGAGAUGAAAAGAUUGAGGCUUGAACUGAAGCAAACUAUGGACAUGUACAGCUCAGCUUGCAAGCAAGCAAUCUCAGCCAAAAACCAGGCGGAAGAGAUUCGUCAAUGGAAACGGGAAGAGGAUCGCAAGGUUGAGGAAGCGAGGUUGUCUGAAGAGGCAGCUCUUGCAAUUGCGGAAAAGGAGAAGGCUAAAGCCAAAGCUGCAAUGGAAGCAGCUGAGGAGGCCAGGAAAAGGGCUGAACAGGAAGCACAGAGAAGAAAGGAUGCAGAGAUGAAGGCCAGGAGAGAGGCAGAAGAGAAAGAACGAGCAUUAUCUGCGUUGGCUCAAAAUGAUACCCGGUAUAGAAAAUACACCAUAGAGGAGAUUGAAAUAGCAACAGAAAAGUUCUCCCCAUCAAACAAAAUUGGCGAAGGUGGAUAUGGACCAGUGUUUAAAGGCCACCUUGAUCACACCCCGGUUGCAAUCAAAAUUCUAAGGCCUGAUGCUUCUCAGGGCAUGAAGCAGUUCCAACAAGAGAUUGAGGUACUAAGCUGCAUUAGACAUCCGAAUAUGGUCCUUCUCCUUGGUGCAUGUCCUGAGCAUGGAUGCUUGGUGUAUGAAUACCUGGAUAAUGGUAGCUUAGAAGAUAGAUUGUUCCGGAAAAACAACAGCAGGCCAAUUUCAUGGAGGAAACGGUUCCAAAUAUGUGCUGAGAUUGCAACUGCACUCCUUUUCCUUCACCAAAACAAGCCAGAACCUAUUGUGCACCGAGACCUCAAACCAUCCAACAUUCUUGUGGACAGGAAUUACGUGAGUAAAAUCAGUGAUGUUGGUCUUGCACGUUUAGUCCCUCCUUCUGUAGCUGAUAGUGUGACACAAUAUUACAUGACUUCGGCUGCUGGAACCUUUUGUUACAUUGAUCCUGAGUAUCAACAAACGGGAAUGCUAACAACAAAGUCAGAUAUAUAUUCCCUGGGGAUAAUGCUACUCCAGAUAAUCACAGCCAAGCCUCCCAUGGGCCUUGCUCACCAAGUUAGGAAGGCAAUUGAAAAGGGCAGGUUUGAAGAAAUGCUGGACCCUGUGAUCACAGAUUGGCCAGUGGAAGAGGCUCUAUCAUAUGCCAAAUUAGCAUUGCAGUGUGCCGAACUUAGCAAGAAGGACAGACCAAAUCUUGCAACAGAAGUUUUGCCAGAGCUUUACAGAUUAAGCGAACUUGAAUUUACUCCACAGAAUGAUCGAGUUUCUCUUGGCACUGAUGAUACGCUCUACAGCUAUGACACGCGUCCUCUCACACCCCCACAAAGUCAAUACUCAGACUGA